GUUUAAAAAAAAAAUUACACAAAAACAAGGAAAACAGAAGACAAGUCUUUGAAAGACGGUAAAACAGUUUUUCUUCUGUGGUUUGGUGGUUUGGUCAAUUUGGGAUCGAAAUCAAAGCCCCCCAAUCCUGCAAUCUAGGGUUCAUCAAAUCCAUCUCUCAUCGUUCGAACUUCUAAACACAACUCUCUCUGUAUUUUCCUUCGUUGGUAACGAUCAUGACGAUUCCUGAUUCGGGUAAUAUGAUGGAGAAUGGAGCAAUUGGAAUACCUUUCUCACCGGAGGAAGAAAAACGGAUCGUAACUGAGUUAACAAACAAAGCAGAAUCUAAUUUGAAAGAAGGCAACUUGUAUUACGUUAUUUCCAAUCGGUGGUUCACAAGCUGGCAGAAAUACACUGGACAAGAUGUUGACCCUCAUUUAUUUGACAAGCAUUCUACCGAUUCUCAGUCUUUGAUUUUGUCAAAGACAGUAGACAAACCUGGACCAAUUGAUAAUUCUGAUAUAGUUCUAAAUGGAAAUGACGCUAAGUGUGGUGAUCUGGAGCUUCGUAGAGCAUUGCAGGAAGGAUGUGAUUAUGUUUUAGUUCCUCAACAAGUUUGGGAGAACCUUUUUGACUGGUACAAGGGAGGGCCAGCAUUACCGAGGAAAUUGAUUUCACAGGGUGAUGUUAACAAGCAGUUCAAUGUGGAGGUUUACCCUCUUUGUCUCAAGUUAAUUGAUUCCAGAGACAACAGCCAAUCAAUUAUCCGGUUAAGUAAAAAGGCUUCUUUACAAGAGCUUUAUGAGAGUGUGUGCGCACUUCGAGGGAUAGAGCCAGAUAAGGCACGGAUCUGGGACUAUUUCAAUAAACAGAAGCAUGAAAUACUAGAGGAUUCAAACAAGACCGUUGAGAAAUCUGAACUGCAGAUGGAUCAAGAUAUUCUUUUGGAAGUCCAAGUUGAUGGAUUUUGGCCCAGUGGAUUUGGCAUGGAUUCAACAGGAAAUGAAUUAGCAUUGGUUCCAAUAGAGCCCUCAAGAUCAUCUGUGACAAUUGCUGGGGGCCCAACUUUGUCCAAUGGUCAUUCAACAAGUUAUGGAUCCAGUUUUUAUCAAGGAAGUACUUUAAGUUCAGGUAUUGCAGAUAUGGAAGAUGGUUAUGACAUUUCGAGGACUGCAGCAAAAGCCGAAAGGGGAGGUUUGGCAGGAUUGCAGAAUUUAGGAAAUACUUGUUUUAUGAAUAGUGCUAUUCAGUGUUUGGUCCAUACACCUCCCCUUGUUAAGUACUUCUUGCAAGAUUACACUGAUGAGAUCAACAGGCAGAAUCCUUUAGGUUUGCAUGGUGAGCUUGCACUUGCAUUUGGUGAGUUAUUGAGAAAACUGUGGUCCUCAGGGCGGACAGCAAUCGCCCCUCGUGCAUUCAAGGGAAAGCUUGCUCGAUUUGCUCCCCAGUUUAGUGGGUUUAAUCAGCAUGAUUCUCAAGAACUCCUUGCCUUCUUGCUGGAUGGGCUGCAUGAAGAUUUAAAUCGUGUUAAGCAAAAACCAUAUAUUGAAACCAAUGAUUCUGAUGGUCGCCCUGAUGAGGAAGUUGCGGAGGAGUGUUGGAGAUAUCACAAGGCUCGGAAUGACUCCAUAAUUGUGGAUGUUUGCCAAGGACAAUAUAAAUCAACAUUGGUCUGCCCAGUUUGCAACAAAAUUUCAAUAACAUUUGACCCAUUCAUGUACUUAUCAUUGCCUCUGCCCUCUACGGUCACUCGGACAAUGACAGUAACUGUAUUUGAUAGUAAUGGGAGUGUUCUUCCAAUGCCAUAUACGGUUACUGUCCAAAAGAUUGGCUGCUGCAAAGAUCUUGUUCAGGCUUUGGGGACUGCAUGCUGCUUAAGGAGUGAUGAAAGCCUGUUGCUUGCUGAGGUUUAUGAUCAUCGAAUAUAUCGAUAUUUAGUGAGCCCUUUGGAACCAUUGUCUAUUAUAAAAGAUGAUGAGCAUAUUGUAGCCUACAGACUUCCAAAAAGUCAGGCAGAGUUAACAAGACUAGAGAUAUGUCAUUGUGACCUAGAAAAAUGUUCCUCAGAUAAUUUGAAGGGAAGUGAGGGGAAGAUUUUCUUGACACCACUGGUUACUUAUCUGGAGAACACACGAACUGGAGCUGACAUUGAUCUUGCUGUUAGUAGAGUGUUGUCUCCAUUGAUAAGGAAAACUUAUUUUAGUUCAAGUAAGCUUAAUGGUGGCAAGGAAAAUGGCUCUGCUUCAGAAGCUAUUGACGAAUCAACAGACAGCUGCGUUACCCAUUCUGGACCUGGAAACCAGUUGAUGAUGGACAACGCAGAACAGGAAGAAAUAUCCUGCAGGGAGUUGACCUUUCAGCUCUGCUUCAUAACGGAUGACAGCUGCAGGCCAAUUUCAAAGGAUUCACUUGUAAAACCUGGUCAACUGGUUAAGGUUAUGCUGGAUUGGACUUACAAAGAACAUGAAUUAUAUGAUGCCAGCUACCUGAAGGAUCUUCCAGUGGUUCACAAGACUGGCCUUACUGUGAAGAAAACACGGCAAGAAGCUGUCUCUUUGUUUUCGUGUUUGGAUGCAUUUUUACAGAAGGAACCGUUAGGGCUUGAUGACAUGUGGUACUGCCCUGGUUGCAAGGAACACAGGCAAGCCACUAAGAAGUUAGACUUGUGGCGGUUGCCAGAUAUACUAGUCUUUCACUUAAAGCGGUUCUCAUACAGCCGAUACCUGAAGAACAAACUCGACACUUUUGUGAAUUUCCCGAUUCAUAAUCUUGAUUUGAGCAAAUAUGUCAAAUGUAAGGAUGCAUUUGGACAAUCUCUUGUGUAUGAGCUCUAUGCCAUUAGCAACCACUAUGGUGGCCUUGGUGGGGGGCACUACUCUGCUUAUGCUAAGUUAAUCGAUGAGAACAGAUGGUAUCAUUUUGAUGAUGCCCAUGUAUCACCGGUUGGUGAAGCUGACAUAAAGACCUCUGCAGCUUAUGUGUUGUUCUACAAAAGAGUUAAAGUUGAACCAAACGUAGGAUUGGGAGAGUCAUCCCGGGGUCAAGUUAAUUCUUAAAGGCCAUGUUUGGGUGUUUGCAUUUCAGUUUUGCCUAUUUGUGGCCCUCAUGCGUCCUCUGCUUUCCCGGAAAAGUUAAUUUGAUGAUCAAAGGACACCUGGUGGGCUUUGGGUUGAAGACGAGAAAACUGGCUUGGCAUGAACAUGUUGCCUAGGUAAAGACGCUAAAACAUGGCAAAAGUGAACUAGCUUUAUCUUUAUUUAAAUUAUAGAUUUUAGAAAGAAAUUUUGGAUUGUGGUACGUGGAUAGGAUCAUAGAUAUUCUUGUUAUGAAGCUUCUUAUUACUUUUAGGUUAGAUUUUGCACAAGUAAUAUGUAACUUGUUUAGCUUCCUUCCAUCUAUAGUCAAUUGGGCUGAUAUUGAAAGUUAAAAUUCUGUUUUGGUGCUAUUGGUGCUCCCAUUUA